AGCCAUUUUGGCUCAAGACGGCCUGUGUUCCGCAUUCCGCGCGAGCGGACGGCCCUUUCCCCGCCCCUGCGAUGGAGGUCCUGGAGUUCCGCAGCGUCCGUGCAGUGGAGGCAGUCACCGUCGUGCUCUGCGCUGCCGCGACGCUGGGGCGCCCGAUCCUGCGACUGUGCCGCGAGGAGCGCGCGCUGCCAUUUGUGCGCGAUUGCUCGGGUCGUUUAUUCGAAUUCUCGAAGGCCGUGAAGACGUUCGUUCUGUGCGGCUGUGAUGCGCAGGACCCCGUUUAUGUACACAAGCAGUCCAUGAGGAUCGACAUAUCUCGGCAUUUUGCUCGGGUCAUUUCUGUGGUCAUGGUAUGUUUCCUCUCAUUGCAGGCACUGGUUGGAGACAACAGUGAGCUUAUCCUACCGUUACGUUUGUACGCAUGUCUAUUUUGCAUUGUGUGCGCGAUCUUGCGCUUGUUCCCAGGGCUGGUUACCCCGGUGACAGUGCACCUCUGGUAUUCGGUUGUGUUGUUUGCGGCUGCGCUCAAGGUUUCACCGCUCUUUCAGUUCGCGGAGGCGGUGCCUGACCUCAGGUUGUUCAUCAUGUUUGAUUGUAUUGGCCUGGCCGUGAUGAAUCUGUACAUGCCGAUGAACUUUCUUUGGGCCUCCGUCCUGUACCUGAGCGCCACGCUCACGCUGCUGGUGGGGCCUUCCAACGGCAAUCUUUGCUUCGACUUCGUCCAAACUUUGGAAAUGAUUGGCUUCGACUGGAUCUUUGUAAGUGUAUACUUGGUCAGUGUGCACAUCGUUUUCUCAAAGGCGGCCGCUUUCCAUCUCGAAAGCACCCACUCUAAGAACGAGCUGCGGGCCGCCAGGGCUAUACUGGCAGGCAUAUGUGACGCCGUAGUGGAGCUCGGUCCUGAUUUGAAGCUGGCGCACUGUUCGGAGAGUCUCGCUGCGCUGCUGAUGAUCAACCCGCUACGAAACAAGACUGGGGCGAGCAUGCUAGCUAUUCUUGCCACGGAAGCCGAUCGCGAGAAGUUCUCUCAAGAGGUGACCUCCAGUACCUCGUCCGACAAGAUUUGCAAGGCCUUCCACGUAAACAUGCGGGACACGCGCGGCAUUUUAGUGCACGUGGAGAUGUUCUGUGUGCGUUUCGAUUCGGGCGAGGGUAGGGAGUCAUACCUUCUCGGCCUGCGGGAGUUCUGGGACGCAGCUUCGCCCGGCGGUGCGCAGCAGCAGGAAUUGCCCAGGUCGGUUUUGACGUCGGGUGUCCAGAGCAGUUUGCAUUCGAGUGCCGAGGAGCGGUCGGGCCUCGGAACCUCUGAAGUCGAGUCCUCGCAAUUGUCCACCGUGCCCGAGCUUGCUGUUUGGUUUGACGCCUUGUCACCAAAGCUUACCCUGUUGGGAUGCACAAGUGCCUUCGAGAUGUUCAUUGGUGGUUCAUUUGCACAUAUGUGCGCCGUUGAGGAUACUCUCCUGGGGUGUACCCAGCCAGAUCAGCAAGAGGACUUUGAGUAUUGGAUUCGCCACUGCCUGGACGAGUUCACUGCAUCCGCUUGCAGGGGAGAGGCGAUUCCAUUGAGUGUGGAGAUGGUGCGUUUCCGCUUCAGCGAGCACCAUCAUCGUUUCCGCCUCGUCAUCCAGAGCAGGGUGACGCUGGUCCCGGCCCCGACGGCUGGCGAGCCAUGGCCCACGGGCCUCGGCCAGCCCCAGCGCGUGGCAAAGCUCGUCUUCGAGAGGCCCGAGUGGAUCCAGGGGGAAGGUUGGAGCCGGCUCCGGCGCGCUCGCGCGCCCGUGCCCGCCGUCGCCCAGGGACCUGUGGGCGACACGUUCACGCCCCGGCUCGGCGGCGACGGCACGAGGGGCUUGGGCAGCGGUGGGCCAGAUUACCGCAUUGCGCUCUGACCCGCAGGUGUCGUCUGCACGUUCCGAAGCAGUGACGAAUGCGUGCACGUAACCUUGCAGAGCUCCGCGCGGAUUCUUGGAUCGGCGCUGGAGCCCCCUGGCGGCGUCUCCGGCGCUGCUCCUGGCGCGCUCCGCGCGCCGGGGAGGGGGGGUCCAGCGCCGAUGCAAGAAGUCCGCGCGGACGUCCGGAAAUUUUUGUUUAUGCCGUUUUUCGCCUCUGGCGUAGGAACGAGACCACGCCAGCCUCCACUCUGUUUCUUGCCACACUGGGCGUGACAUCUACUGCAUGCUGGGCGACGCCCAAUGUACUUUUUUGUCACACGGGUGUCCGUGUAAUUCGUCCCUCGUUUUGUACAGUUGUGGAGCUGCUGGGUCGGUUUGCGUGGGUGGACUCCAUCGCCGCUCCCUUUGGCCCACUGGCGCUGUGCACUUACACCUUCUGACUUUGAACCUGUUGUUUCGUUUCACCAAUGGCGAAGCGGCCGGAGGGCAUUCUUACAGGGGCGCCUAAGACGGGCAGCGUAUCAAGCAACCGCAGUGGAAGCAUUGUCAAUACAUGUUAUCGCUCUCUCUCUCUCUCUCUCGAUCGCUCUCUCCGCUCUGCUCUUCUCUGCUGCCCCUUCUGGUUGGCUCGUCGAGUCUAGCGCCUGUGCUAAAAA